UGCUGGCAGUGACAAGUAUAUCACACAAUUAAACAAGGAUAAACGCUAUGUAUUUUUGUUGAUUUAUUUCGUAAUGAUAAUAGUUUAUUAAUAGUUGGCAGAUAUAUUCAAGUGAAUAUUUCACGGAGGGGCGGCGCCCUUGCGCCCCCUAUCGACCCACCGCCACUAAAACUACGAUAUCAGUCUGAAUGCGGUCUUGUUCUUGUUCUUCCGAUGCAGCACGCGGCGCUCGUGUUCAUCCUAGGGGUCUUUCUUUGCUCCGUGACGUAAAUUCCCGGAACACGAGACGCGUCUACUUCCGCUUUAAGCGUAAACCCAAGCGAGUUGAUUCAGACACAUUUUAUACACUAUACUCUAAAGAGAAAUCUCUCCACCAUGGCGCUGGAGUCCAGGAUCACCCAGGAGGAGAUCAGGAAGGAGCCGGAGAAGAGCAUCGACCGGGAGAAGACGUGCCCGCUGCUCCUCAGAGUCUUCACCACCAACAGCGGCCGACACCACCGGGGCGACGAGUUCGCCCGAGGCAACGUCCCCGCUAGCGAGCUGCAGGUCUACACCUGGAUGGACGCCACCCUGAAGGAGCUGUCUGGGCUGGUGAAGGAGGUGUACCCCGAGGCCCGCAGGAAGGGCACCACCUUCAGCUUCGCCAUCGUGUACCCCGAUCAGAUGAGGCUGGGAUACAGGGUUAAAGACGUGGGCAGCACGGUGGCGGGCCGUAAGGGGGCCGAGGACCUGAUGUCCCUGCAGUCGCAGAGGUUCCAGAUCGGAGACUACCUGGACAUCGUCAUCACCCCCCCCAACAGACCGCCCCCCGCCAACCCCCGCAUGAGACCCUUCUGAACCCCCCCACCUGUGUGUGUGUGUGUGUGUGUGUGUGUGUUUGUGUGAUGAACACACAAAGCGCAACACGACGCGACUGCACACAGUAACCCGUCGGGGUUUUAACGUUUCCACCGCUGCCGUCGACAGCGUUGCUUUCUUCAGGUUCUUCUAUGAUGUUUUAUAAGAUGUGAUAUGAAUAAACAUUUUUUUGUU